CCAAAACCAGUCAAAUUGACUUCCUUGGGCAAUCUAGUGUUAAUAUUGUCUGGUUACGAAAAUGAUGAAAAUUGUGUCGAAUUUUUUAGCUUGUCGAUCGUGAUAGAGGAUCUGACUCUGUACGGCUUGUCGACCUUCGUGGUCAACAAUGCGAAACUAUCUUUGAUCGGACCGACGAUCACAGCCAACGUUACAAUUCCACGAAUCCACGCCGACGGACUGUACAACAUAUCCGGGAUCCUUGGUUUCUCGAUACCCUUGAUGGGAGCCGGCCCGUUCAGAGCGGACAUAUACGAUUUUCAAUUAUACGUAAACACCAUGCUCGGUUAUUACCGAGGUGUCUACUUGAAGACAUUCGAUCUUGACUUUUCGUUAAAGACUAUGGACGUGAAUCUGGAGAAUUUUAUGAACGACGAAGAAGUGGGACGAGUUAUGAGCAAGGUAUUCCAGGAGCUGUUGCCCAAGGCACUAGACAUAGUGAAGCCCGAGAUACUUCCGCCCAUCAAGAGUUACAUAGGCGGUAAAAUUAACGAAACUAUACAACAUCUCACCAUGAGGGACAUAAUUAGCGUGCUUGUGGGCCCAAGCGAAAUCCGGGAGUUCGCGCACCUCCUAGUCCCUUAAAGAAGACAGUAAUCCAGAAAAUUCACAUAAAACCACAGAUAUUUUUAAACGAAAUAAUCUCAUAAGAUUAGAAUCUCAUAAGAUACGACGUUAGUCUUGCCUAGUAGUGGAGUUCGAAAACACGGGAUCGACGAUCCCUCUUGCAGUUUUAGAGUGCAUUAAGUUAGUGUUAUAUUGUAACAACGUUGACUUGAGUUGCAGCACUUACAUUGUUACACGUGAGUUCAUACGAGGGGAAGAGGCGAAAUUUAUUUCUGUGGAGGAUUCCAGUUUCAAUAAACAAUGAGAACCAACGGCGUUAAAUGUCAACUGCUCGUGUAAUAUACUACAGAAUCUUUUAAAUAGUUGAUACCCUGAGAGUUUCUCCUCGAGAAGAAUUCUUGAGACAUUGUUAUAAUGCAUGUGUACUCGUGCCUCGAUCUGGGUAGCUGACGAUGUUAUUAGUGGUCACUGUGGGUUUUAUGCAGUUAUGAUAUGAAAUUGAGUGCAUUUUUAUUAGGGAAACAAAUAACACAGAAACACUGCAAUGAAUAAAAAUGUAUAGAAUACCAAAAGGCACAUUGCAAUGUUGGAAUGAAAGAAAAAAUUUCUAUUUGAAAUACAGUUUUUAAUACCAAUAAUAAAAUACCUAAUACCAUAAAUGGAAUACCAAAAUCCAUAUUGCAAUAUUUAAAUGAGAGAAGAAUUUUUUAAUUUGAAACACACAUUUUUUUUAAAUAAUGUUAUAAAUAGAAUAUUAAAAUUCACAUUGCAAUAUUUAAAUGAGAGAAGAAAAUGUGAAACACAGUUUUUAAACUGAUGCAUAUUAAAAUGCACAUUGCAAUGUUUGAAUGAGAGAAGAGAUUUCUAUUUGAAAUACAUUUUUUCAACUGGUUGCAUAAAACUCCUCAGUAUAGUGGUAAGUAUUUUUGAAAAACAUAUUUUUGUAGACUUUGGUGGCCUAUUUGAAAUUGUAGUUGACACAUGGGAAAUAAACGAUUUAUUUUACAAUUGUU